GUUGGACGGCCCGCACACCCGUCUGAGGAAGAGGGAGGGUCACUGAGAGGUUUUUUCUGCCUCGGUACGGGAGCCGAGUGGGGACCAGCUGGUUACGCAGCGGCCGUGGGUCUCCACCCGAGAGUAUGGCGGCUGGGAUUGCACCGGAGAGCGAGGGAGACGCGGAGACAUACCAGAGAUGGUGAAAAAGAAAACGAAGAGUUCUUUAAUUAUUUGUGUGAACAGUUUUAGUUGGAGCUCUGUUCCUGAUGUGGCCUCCGGCUUGAAACAUUGCGCCUGCAGUUUACACUACGGGGCUUACGCCAGCGUUUUACCAGUGCCCUCGAUGGAGCAACUUUGUUUUUUUCUGAUCCACAGAGAGGGGUGAGCUGAGCAGAUGAAAACCAGCACGCUCCUUAUCAGCGGGCAAUAUUUUCUUCCUCCCUGUGCACAUUUUUGGACAAUUGCAGUCCUCGGACGCCCGGGUAGCUGUCAGUGUCUGGCCUGCGUGGGGGAAUUUCUACAAUGAAAUCCAUCUUGGGGCAGCGAGUCUUUGUGCUCUACCAUAGCUGAGCAGCGGCGAGCAAGACUGUAUUAUUGACAACCCGUUCAAAAUGGGAAGCGAAUGGUGACUGUGAUUCUUGCGGGAACAUUUUGAGUUCAUGUCAAUGACGCGCGGAGAUUUGAUACCUUACGAUUUGAUUUAAUCCACGAUGCGCGAGUAUAAAGUGGUGGUCCUGGGCAGCGGUGGGGUCGGGAAAUCCGCCCUCACUGUGCAGUUUGUUACCGGGACGUUCAUAGAGAAGUACGACCCCACUAUAGAGGAUUUUUACCGCAAGGAGAUCGAGGUGGACUCAUCACCCUCGGUGCUGGAGAUCCUUGACACCGCUGGUACCGAGCAGUUCGCCUCCAUGCGGGACCUUUACAUCAAAAACGGUCAAGGAUUCAUUCUGGUCUACAGCCUCGUCAACCAGCAAAGCUUCCAGGACAUAAAGCCGAUGAGAGAUCAGAUCAUAAGAGUGAAAAGGUACGAGAAGGUUCCUGUGAUUCUGGUGGGGAACAAGGUGGACCUGGAGAGUGAGAGGGAGGUAUCGUCCAGCGAAGGUCAGGCCCUGGCCGAGGAGUGGGGCUGCCCGUUCAUGGAGACCUCGGCCAAGAGCAAAACCAUGGUAGACGAACUGUUCGCUGAGAUCGUUCGGCAGAUGGACUACGCCGCCCAGCCAGACAAGGACGACCCCUGCUGCUCCUCUUGCAAUAUACAAUAGCCCCGGGGGCCCGUCAGGAACCACCCAGGCAAAAUGUCUACUUAGAGAAAGCUACCUUCCCCGCAGCAGAGACACACACUAAGACACACAUGCCAAUUAAAAUAAAGGAAAAUUCACUGUUGAACGCGAUGGAUUUGAACUCCACUGAGCAUAACAUCGGCAGUGACAUGAAUAUUUAUGACAACAUGUGAGUAAUGAAUACAUUUUGAAAGAGGAACUCCAGGAAUUUGCAGAAAGAGAAAUUGUCAAAUGACAAAAACGGAACAUGCCCUCGCCUUAUGUUACUCUCUCUGUUGUUUGGAUUUGUUUUUAUCCUUUCAAGUUGUAGGGAGAAAUCAUCAGCAAACAGUCACAAAUCAGGAUCUUUACCCUUGUGUUGUUUUACAAUCUGUCAAAAUGAGUUACAAUAUCUUCUCCUGGUUGUAUUUGUAUCACGGAAAAUACAUUUUUUGUUACCUUGAUCUGAAGGUAUCUACCGUACACAAAUCCAAAAUCAUAUUUCUUGGAUCCCGUUGUUUUAAGUAUUAAGGAGUAUUUGAUUUACAUUAUGCACACAUUUUCUCCCAGCUUAUUUUGUGCAGUAGUUCUUCUGAGGUUUUUCUACUCAUCACAGGGCUGAACCAUUUUCUUUUCUUUUUUUUUUGUUAUUAAAAAAGGAAUGGAGAGAAAAUGGUGGAAGUCAGCAUUUAUCUUUGAAACAUUGGUGCAGUCAUCUCUUUAUUUUUCUCUCUGGGAGACUGACAGCACAUUGCUGAGUAGAAAUACAACUAUCAGCUUCAUCCUGAUGGGACUAAGAGUUGAUGUUUUCAGUGUUUGAAUAUUUACAGACGAUAUCUCUAAACUCUUUCAGGAAUGGAUGACAUUUAAAGUGAAGAUGCCAACAUUUGUCAUACUUUACAUUUUCUUUUACUUCUCCGCUCAAUAUGAAAUGAGGUGCCCAAGAGUUUUUAACAUCCUGAUCCUUAUGUAUGUGCUCAGUGUUCAAAUCCUUAGUAAGGAUGAAUGAGAAGAUAAUAGGAAUAAUAAAUGGUAGUGUAAAUAUUUUGUAUUGAAAGUGCCAGCUCCUGUGAAGACACUGACUCAACACAUGUGGAAUUGUCAACUGUAUGCAUGGCUAGUAAACAAAAAAAGGACUCUAGUUUGAGAUAAAUAUAGACUGUGGAAAUGUGCAAAACAAACGUGUACAAACUGAAUCUGGACACUGUCUCAAAUGUACAUCUGUACUGCCACGGGAACCAGACUUUCCCCGUGUGACCAUUUUCAUUGUUGAUUUUAUAUUUUUUUAUGUGACCAUUUACUCUUCAUUCCCUCUCUGAAUGGUGACACUGUUACAUUUGACACCUAAACAAUAAAAGUGCGUUGAACACUCGA